AUGGCCAGUCUCUCAAGAUGGGCCAAGGGGUUGAUGCGCAGAGCCCCCUCUAGCCCUUUGCCAUUUCCCGCGGCUGGCUUCGAGAUUAUCAACGACGCAGACGUGGUGGAGGAAGAGCAAUUUGGCGCGUUUCGCGCCGGUCAGUAUUACCCGGUCAAUAUUGGCGACGUGUACGCGUCCAAGUGUCAGAUCACGGGCAAGCUGGGCUUUGGAACCACGUCCACCGUGUGGCUCGCGCGCAAUCUUGAGGAGCACCUCCACGUGGCUCUGAAGAUAUACACGCGCGACAGAGGCGGCAGGGAAGAAUUCAAAACCUAUGGGCAUCUUUCCCAAGCGAACCCGUCCCACCCCGGCUACCGUCACGUCCGAUCAGCCCUUGAUACCUUCUCGCUCCAUCGGACUGGAGGCGAUCACCGCUGCCUGGUGCAAAAGCCCAUGUGGGACAGCUGGAGAGACCUUUUGCGACGGAACCCUGCUCAGCGAUUCUCUUUGCCUCUUCUAAAGGCUGGUCUUAGACACGUACUGCUCGCGCUGGACUACCUCCACAAUGAGUGCCAGCUUGUCCACACGGACAUCAAAGCCGACAACAUCUUGCAAGAGAUUGUGGAGGGUCGUCUUCUGGAGGACUUCGUCAAGGCAGAACUGACGACGCCGUCACCGCGAGAGUUCAUCGAGGGUCAUCCAGUCUACAGGUCGCGGCAGUUUGGGCUUCCGACUCAAUUUGGUGGUGCAGUGCUGAGCGACUUUGGCACUGCUGUCCGGGGCGACCAGAAGAGGAAUCACGACGCGCAGCCAAACGUGUACCGGUCGCCCGAGGUGAUGCUCAGAGCCGAAUGGAGCUAUCCGGUAGACAUCUGGAACGUUGGUGUCAUGAUUUGGGAUCUCUUCGAGGGAAAGCAUCUUUUCUACGGACCGCCGCCGCCGGACUUUGUCCAACGGGGAAAUCGCUCUGCCGAGUUUUUCACGGCAGACGGAGGAUGGAAGGCCGACGUACCGAUAUCGCCGAACAUUACCCUGGAAUCGUCGGAGGAGUAUCUUCAAGGAAGAGACAAGGAGGAGCUACUGGCGUUUGUCAGGUCGAUGCUUCGGUGGCGCCCAGAGGACGGGAAGACUGCAAAGCAGCUUCUCGACGAUCCGUGGCUCGAUAGUUGA